GUUCUUCCAACACGCCUAGCGAUUCAGCAACAUCCAUCAACGAAACCAGCGCCAUCGAUAAUCACCAUGGCUGGUGGAGGAAUCCCCGGCGACGCCUCUUCAGGCACCGAUACUCCCCGCGAGAAAAGCCGCGCGACCGCCGACACUCUGAAGACCGGGUGCAUUGCCUGGGUCGAGAAAGAUGGGAAGCCGCGGCGCGCGGAAAUCCUCAGCAUCAAAACCACAAAGUCCGGAAAGCAGUUUUACUGUAAUUUUGAUAGUUACAAUAAGCGAUUGGAUGAAUGGGUUCCCGCAGCUCGAAUCGACUUUGAACAGGAUGUCGAGUGGCCUCGCCCUGAGCCGGAGAAGACAAAGGAUAGCAAGAAAAAGACAAACGACAAGAAGGUCCCGCAGCCUUCUAAGAAAAGAAAGGCGCCUGUGUCAAAGCGAGAGCAAAGUGUUUCCAAAAGGGAGCAGUCUGUCUCCGAAGCUGCGACGCCGCAUCCGUGGACCGAAUUUGUAGAAUCGCAGGAUGGGCGCAAGUCAGCAUCUCUCGGACCUGACGGCGAAGCUACCGGCCGAGACAGCAUCGAGCCCAGCCAGACCCCCGGCGUUGUCGACGAUACCGAAGCCGAGGAUAAGGAUGUUGAAGGGGCCAACGGCCACACCGACGAGUUCAACCGCAAGGAGGAGAUUGAAAAGCUUCGGACGUCUGGGUCGAUGACGCAGAACCCGACAGAGGUUUCACGAAUUCGAAAUAUUUCCAAAGUUCAAUUCGGACGACAUGAUUUGUUCCCAUGGUAUUUCUCGCCAUACCCAGAAGCCUUCACGGAAGAGGAUUGCGUUUUCAUCUGCGAGAUGUGCUUGGGUUACUACGGCGAUCAGAUGGAGUUUGUCCGUCACAGGAGGAAGUGCCAGUUGUUUCAUCCUCCCGGCAAUGAGAUCUACCGAGACGACUAUGUCUCAUUCUACGAAAUCGACGGCAGGCGACAACGGACUUGGUGUCGCAAUCUGUGCCUGCUCUCCAAGAUGUUCCUCGAUCACAAGACCCUAUACUACGAUGUCGACCCCUUUCUCUUCUAUGUCAUGACUACCAGGACAGAUAAGGGAGACCACGUUGUCGGGUACUUUUCCAAAGAAAAGGAGAGCGCGGAUGGCUACAAUGUUGCGUGUAUCCUGACUUUACCACAAUAUCAGCGCAAAGGGUUCGGUCGAUUAUUGAUACAGUUUUCGUACGAGCUGUCUCGAAUAGAGGGUAAGCUCGGCUCGCCAGAAAAACCUCUAUCAGAUCUGGGUCUUCUCAGUUACCGUCAAUACUGGUCAGAGAACAUCAUCGACACUCUGCUCGACUAUAACGAACGGGGAGAGAAAAUCACCAUCGAGACUAUUUCAACAGCUCUCGCAAUGACUACGCAAGACGUGGAGCACACAUUACAAGUCCUCCGCAUGCAGGUUUACCACCGCGGCGAGCACAAGAUUGUCCUGCCGGAGAAAUUGGUUAAGCAACGGGAGGUACAACGGCAGAAAGUAAGGAGAACUAUAGAUCCGGAGAAGAUCCAGUGGAAACCACCUGUGUUCGCAGCGUCAGCGCGCACAUGGGCUUGGUAAGAGGAGGUGCGGGAAAGUCUGAACUAUGCAGCGUCAAUGAUACCCUUGGAAUUCUGGUCGCCACAGACACGUCUAACGUGUCAUGGUCAUGAUUCCCGUCCGACG